GAUUGCCAAGUCGAUCGAACGUCUGAGAGAAAAAUAGCCACUAAAAUAUCAACUUUCACUUCAAUUAACUUACACGCUCGAUCAACUUCUCAAAGUGAAAGAACAUUUUACCAGUGAAAAUUGCCCGUUUUGCGAAUACCUUUGUCGCUCAUCGAUCGUGAUUUUUGUUAAAAAAUAAAAAACAUUAUUUUUCCUCGUAAUUGGGAAGAAAAGGAGGGCGCAUAGCACUGAAAACAUGGAUUACACACAAUUCAGAACGGACACGUCGAUGCGCAGAAGAUCGGCAGCUACCAGGGAAUUAACCAAACUCGCGUACUCGGCGUCCCACAACAUAAUCUCUCUGGCCGAGGGCAUGCCGAACGAGGAAACUUUUCCUUUUACUGAAAUAUCGAUGAAAACUGUAGACGGAAAAACCUGCGUUCUCCAGGGCGAAGAAUUGGCCGCUGCAUUACAAUAUAUACCGAGCCAAGGCUACCCUCCGCUUCUCCACACGAUCAGAGAAUUUCAGAAAAAAGCUCACGCCCCACCGAUGUGGGAGAGUCGCGACGUCGUCAUCGUUUCCGGCGGUCAGGACGGCCUCAGCAAAGCUCUCGAGGCUAUUAUCGGUCCUGGUGAUCCGAUUUUGGUUCAGGAUCCGUAUUAUCCCGGAGUCGGAGUGGUCGUUGCGCCUCACCGAGCAGAAUUAAUACCCGUGCCACAAGACGACUUCGGUCUCGACCCGGUUGUUUUACGUGAAAUACUCCAGAACCGCGAAAUGGAGGGGAAAAAAAUGCCGAAACUGAUGUACGUUAAUCCGACGGGCGCUAAUCCAACGGGGGUGGUGUUUCCUUUGGAAAGGAGGAAACAAAUUUAUUCGAUCGCGUGCGAAUACAAUUUUCUCAUUCUCGACGACGACCCAUAUCACUUCAUGUACUUUACUGGGGAACAACCAAAAUCGUUUCUAUCGCUGGAUACCGAAGGCCGAGUAAUCCGAUUGGACUCAAUGUCGAAAGUAGUGAGCAGCGGUUUAAGGAUCGGAUUUAUAACGGCAGCUGCUCCUCUCGUAGCUAGUAUCGAAUUGCACAUGCAGAGCAGUCAUUUACACGCCCCGACGUUAUCCCAGGUUAUUUUAUACAAACUUUUCAAAAUGUGGGGAUACAGAGGCUUCAUGAAGCAUUUCCGUUCCAUAAGAUCAUUUUACAAGGAACGACGCGACGUGAUAGUGAAACUCGCAGAGAAACAUUUGCAAGGUUUGGUCGACAUCAAAAUACCGAGCGCUGGUUUCUUCCUGUGGAUCAAAGUUCGCGGUAUCAACGAUACAUGGAAAAUGGUAAUGCAGCGUGGAGUAACGAAUGGCAUACUCGUUGCACCGGGUGCUGCCUUCAUGGCCGAUCCCUCGGCCCCUUGUAACGCCAUAAGAGCGAGUUUCGCAAAAGCUUCGUACGCGGAAAUGGAUUUGGCUUUGGGAAGAUUGGCCCUCUUGAUACGAGAGGAAUUGGAUACGAAUUCGGAUAAUUCGAUAAUGAACGGCAAUACGUAAAAGCGAGCCAUCAACUCGGAAGGUUAGGAGCUCACUGAGUUAGCUGUACAUCGAUUGGUGGGUUGCUGAUUGAUGGGAAAGAAGAUUCCUCUUAUCACCGCUGUUCAACAGAGGAUAUGGGAUCGAUGAACGGUACAUUUAUCGAUCGAAAUUUAAAGAUAGAGAAUCUCUGCUGGGGGGAAAACAGGGAUGAAUCGAUCGUGAAACCGGGACCUACGAGUAUUUGGCCAGGGUGGAACGCCCCCGAACGAUAAUAAAAGCCUCAGAAUUUUUAUCUCCACCAUCGAUAAUGCAGAAGUCGGUAUACGAUUUACCAGUUGCCUAUUAGCUGUAAUGUUAUAGAGGAUAUGCAACACGACGAACCGUUUUGAAAAGUUUUUAGUAUUAUUCAAAGCGAAGCUUAAUCUUCAACGAUUUAACCAAUGAACACUUUAUUUAUACAUUAUUUAAGAAACCCCAGGGGUUAAGUUAAGAUUGAAUCUGGAGCUCAUUUGGAAAUAUUACUUCGAAUUUGUAAUGGAACGAUUUUUACGAAAAUACAAAUAAUUGUACAAAUUA